GACACCUUGGUAUCCUGUCUCUCAUAAGGAGUGGAGACAAGCCCCUGCAUGAAAUCUAGCGCUCAGCUGAAGGGAUGGAGAGGCGAGCUGCUGCACCUUUAAGGCAAUGAAGAAGAAAAGCGGCUGCGGAGGAGGCGAGGGUUAUUCCAUAAUGCUCUGAGCCAGGGAAGGUUAGCGCAGGGACCAGUGUGAUUUGUACGGCUGCGGGAAGAUGCGUGUGCUUGUUGCUUGUUGGAUGGAGAGAGGCGGUGAAAAUGAAAUUUGUUUUCACUAGGCUUCAGCCAACAACUAUUGCCUCCUGCUUAAAAAUUCAUACGUUCUUUUUUUCCAAAUCCAACUUUAUGAUUUUGGUCACUGGAAACUUUUUUUGAUUCAUUAUUUAUUCAUAGGUGUUUUCAUUCUUUUGAAAUUCGAAUUUUUAACUUCAUUCUUUAUUUUCUUUGGGAAUUCCACCUGUGCACAUUGCGUUUAACCCUCCUCGUGUCGCGUCUUCAACCUCCAGUCUCAGCAGCACUCACCUGGACCGGAGCUCAAGAAGGCGAAUCCCGCAGAGUAUCGCGCCCAAACCCCGGGAAGGCUGCACUAAGGCACGGCGUUGCCACUUCAAGGGAGACGUAGGCCUACAGUUCGAUCUCAGCUCUUACCAAAACACAAUCACCAGAAGCUCAUACCUCCUCUUCCCAACCUAGAGAGAGAGAGAGAGCGAGAGAGAGAGAGAGAGAGAGCGAGAGAGAGACUGAUUUGUACAGACCAUCGUCCAUUGCUAUUGACAUAUUGAAGAAAUAUAAAGAACAUCUAAGGAAGAAAGUGUGUGGAGUGAAAAUAAGAAAAAGCAUAGCUUGGAUAUUGAACGGAGCGGGGCAUGUGGAUAUUGGCUAUAAUCUUUUUCCAGUGCAUCUUGAAUGUUUUCAGUGAAGAUCUACGUUCCAGCUUAUAUUUUGUCAAUGCAUCUGUGCAAGAGGUAGUGUUUGCCAGCACCACAGGGACCUCGGUGCCCUGUCCCGCCGUGGGCGUGCCCCCCGCCUCGCUGCGCUGGUACUUGGCCACCGGAGAGGAAAUCUACGAUGUCCCCGGGAUCCGCCACGUGCACCCCAAUGGCACCCUCCAGAUCUUCCACUUCAACCCCUCCAGCUUCAGCAACCUCAUCCAUGACAACACCUACUAUUGCACAGCGGAGAACCCCUCAGGGAAAAUCAGGAGCCAAGAUGUCCAUAUUAAGGCUGUUCUACGAGAGCCCUACACGGUCCGUGUGGAGGACCAGAAAGCCAUGAGAGGCAAUGUGGCGGUGUUCAAGUGCAUCAUCCCAGCCUCGGUGGAGGCCUACAUCACUGUUGUGUCCUGGGAGAAAGACACAGUGUCUAUCAACGUCCAGACGCCUCGGUUCUUCAGCACCUCCACAGGAGCCCUGUACAUCCUGGACGUGCAGAAUGAGGAUGGAUUGUAUAACUACAGGUGUAUGACACGCCACCGCUACACAGGAGAGACCAGGCAGAGCAACAGUGCACGUCUCUUUUUGUCAGACCCCACUAAUUCGGCGCCGGCCGUCCUGGAUGGAUUUGAGCGUCGCGAGGUGAUGACAUCACACCGGGUGGAGCUCCCAUGCAAGGCAUCUGGUCACCCGGCCCCCAAAUUCCGCUGGCUGAAGGACAACCGACCGCUGGAGCCGGACAGCCGCUUCAGGCAGAGUGUGACGGGCCUGCUGAUCGAGAGGGCCCAGCCCAGUGACACGGGAAGCUACGUGUGUGAGGUGUGGAACAGCUAUGGCAACGCAGAGGUGGUGGGGAGGCUGCAGGUCAAAGAGCCGCUGAAGGCGGUGGUCAGCCCGAGGAAGGUGAAAGGCAGCGUGGGUAGCCAGGUGUCUCUGUCGUGCAGCGUGAGUGGCUCGGAGGAGUACGAGCUGUCCUGGUACCGGAAUGGAGAGAUCAUCUACCCUGGAAACAGUGUCCGCAUGACUGGAAACAACCGGGAGAACCUGGUCAUGGCUGGGAUGGCUAAGAGUGAUGGAGGAGCCUACCAGUGCUUCGCCAGGAACGGCAAGAUGUCCGCCCAGGACUUUGUCCAGGUCAUCCUGGAAGAUGGCACGCCCAAGAUCAUCUCCUCCUUCAGUGAGAAAGUGUUUGGAACCAAUGAGUUUGUUUCACUGUUCUGCACGGUGAAAGGCACUCCGGAGCCCAGGGUGACGUGGACGCUGGACGACGAGCCGGUGAUCAGGGACUCCCGCCACCGCAUCGGCCACUACACCAGCCAGGAGGGUCAUGUGGUCAGCCACCUGAACAUCAGCCAGACCACGGGGCCGGACGGGGGUGUCUACCGGUGCAUCUGCAACAAUUCGGCCGGGGCGGUCUCCUACCAGGCGCGAAUAAACGUAAGAGGGCCUGCCAGCAUACGACCAAUGAAAAACCUCACUGCCAUUGCUGGGCGGGACAUGUAUAUCCACUGCCGCGUCAUUGGCUACCCGUACUACUCCAUCAAGUGGCACAAGGAUGCCAACCUGCUCCCCUAUAACCACCGGCAGCGGGCGUUUGAGAACAAUGGCACGCUAAAGCUGUAUGAUGUACAGAAGGAUGUGGAUGAGGGAGAGUACACGUGUAGCGUGCUGGUCUCACCUUCUCUCUCCACCAGCCAAAGUGUGCACAUCAGUGUGAAAGUUCCUCCCACCAUCCAUCCCUUCGAGUUCCCUCGUUUCUCCAUCGGCCAGCGUGUGUUCAUUCCGUGUGUGGUGAUGUCAGGUGACCAGCCUGUCUUCAUCACAUGGCAGAAGGACGGUCAGCCAAUCCCGGCCAGCCUGAGUGUAACCAUUGACAACAUAGACUUCACCAGCUCCCUGCGUAUCUCCAACCUGUCUCUCCUGCACAAUGGCAACUACACCUGCAUUGCACGCAACCAGGCCGCCAUCGUGGAACACCAGAGUCAGCUAAUUGUCAGGGUCCCUCCCAAAUUUGUGGUGCAGCCCAAGGACCAGGAUGGCAUCUAUGGGAAAGCUGUGAUCCUCAACUGCUCUGCAGAGGGAUACCCCGUCCCUACCAUAGUGUGGAAGUAUUCCAAAGGUGCAGGGGUUCCCCAGUUCCAGCCUAUAGCCCUGAACUCAGGCUUCCGUAUCCAGGUGCUGGUCAACGGCUCUCUGCUAAUCAAACACGUGCUGGAGGAGGACAGCGGCUACUACUUGUGUAAGGUCAGCAAUGACGUGGGAGCUGACGUCAGCAAGUCCAUGUACCUCAACGUCAAAAUUCCAGCCAUGAUCACGUCAUACCCCAACACCACGCUGGCCACGCAGGGCAGUGAGAAGAGGAUGAGCUGCACGGCCCACGGGGAGAAACCCAUCAUGGUGCGUUGGGAGAAGGAAGAGCGCAUCAUCAACCCAGAGAGCAGCCACCGCUACGUCGUCACCGUCAAAGAGGUGGCCGACGAGGUCAUCUCCACCCUGCAGAUCCGGCCUACAGUGAGGGAAGACUCUGGCUUCUUCUCCUGCCAUGCCAUCAACUCCUAUGGUGAAGACAGAGGGAUCAUUCAGCUAACAGUGCAAGAGCCCCCGGACCCUCCUGAGGUGGAGAUCAGAGAGGUGAAGGACAGGACCAUCGCCCUCCGCUGGACCAUGGGCUUCGAUGGAAACAGCCCAAUCACAGGCUUCGACAUUGAGUGCAAGAACAAAUCAGGCUCCUGGGAAAUGGCCCAAAGGACCAAAGACGUGUCUCCCCAGCUCAACCAGGCCACCAUCAUAGACCUGCACCCCUCCUCCACAUAUAGCAUCCGCAUGUUCGCCAAGAACCACAUCGGCAAGAGUGAGGCCAGCAACGAACUCACGAUCACCACAGACGAAGCAGCUCCUGAUGGUCCCCCACAAGAUGUGCAGCUUGAAGCCUUCUCCUCUCAGAGCAUCAGAGUCUCCUGGAGGGCCCCUAAGAAGCACCUCCAGAACGGGGCGAUCCGUGGCUACCAGGUGGGCUACAGGGAGUUCAGCACCGGGGGGAACUACCAGUUCAACGUCAUCAGCAUGGAGACGACGGGGGACAACGACCACAGUGAGAGCGUCACCCUGGACAACCUGAAGAAGUUCACCCAGUAUGGGGUGGUGGUGCAGGCCAGCAACAGCGCUGGGACAGGACCCUCCUCCCAGGAGGUCAUCUCUACCACGUUGGAGGACGUUCCCAGCCGGCCUCCAGAGAACGUCCAGGCGACAGCAGCGUCUCCAGAGAUUAUCUCUCUAUCCUGGCUGACCCCUCCUAAAGACGCUCUCAACGGCAUCCUGCUCGGCUUCAGAGUCAUCUACUGGGCUAACCUGCCCGACGGAGAGCUGGGGGAGAUCCGUAACGUGACCACCUCUAAGCCGUCUCUGGAGCUGGAUGGUCUGGAGAAGUACACCAACUACAGCAUCCAGGUGCUGACCUUCACCCGGGCCGGGGACGGGGUGCGCAGCGAGCAGAUCUUCACUCGCACCAAGGAGGACGUUCCUGGUCCUCCGGCUGGGGUGAAGGCAGCGGCGGCAUCUAACUCGGUGGUGUUUGUGUCGUGGCUCCCUCCUCUCAAACUCAACGGCAUCAUCAGGAAAUACACAGUCUUCUGCUCUAACCCACACCCCACGGUGAGCAGUGAGUUUGAAGCAGCACCAGACGUCUUCUUCUACCGUAUCCCCAACCUGAGCAGGAGCCGCCAGUACAGCAUCUGGGUGGUGGCCGUCACCGCAGCCGGCCGUGGCAACGCCAGCGACAUCAUCACCGUCAAGCCCCAGGCCGAGGCUCCAGCUCAGAUCCUGACAUUCAACGGCACAGUGACCACCCCCUGGAUGAGGGACAUCGUGUUGCCCUGUAAGGCGGUGGGCGACCCAGCCCCCGCGGUCAAGUGGCUCAAGGAGACCAAUGGAAGCCCCGCCCCUGCUGUGAUUGACAGUAGACGCAUUGUUCAGGGCAACGGCAGCCUGGUCAUCCGCACAGUGAAAGCUGAGGAUUCUGGGAACUACACCUGUGUGGCUAGCAACAGUUUUGGGCCAGAUAAAAUCAUCCUCAACCUGCAGGUUCAAGUUCCCCCGGACCAGCCACGUCUCACCGUUACCAAGACGACCACCACUUCCAUCACUCUGUCCUGGAUAUCAGGAGACAACGGAGGCAGCUCCAUACGAGGCUACAUCCUGCAAUACUCAGAGGACAACAGUGAGAAGUGGGGCAACUUUGCCAUCAGCCCUAGUGAGCGUUCCUAUCGACUGGAGAACCUGAAGUGUGGCACCUGGUACAAGUUCACCCUGACUGCCCAGAAUGCUGUGGGGCCAGGGCGCAUCAGUGAGAUCAUCGAGGCUAAGACUCAUGGGAAAGAACCCCAGUACUCUAAAGAACAGGAGCUCUUCACCAGUAUCAAUGCCACGCGUGUCAGGCUCAACCUGAUUGGCUGGAACAACGGCGGCUGUCCAAUCACGUCCUUCACGUUAGAGUACCGUUCGGUGGAGUCUCCCACGUGGACCACGGCCCAGCGCACCUCUCUGACCAAGAGCUACAUCCUGUAUGACCUGGCCGAGGCCACCUGGUACGAACUACAGAUGAAGGUGUUCAACAGCGCCGGGUCAGCAGAGAAGAGGGUCAAGUUUUCCACUCUGAGCUACGAUGGCAGUACCAUUGCUCCACUGGUGAAGGCUCCAACGGUGAGUGUGGACAGUACGUCCAGUAACGAGGGUCUGAAGAUGGUGACCAUCAUCUCCUGUGUGCUGGUGGGAAUCGUGCUGGUCUUCGUCCUGCUACUAGUCCUCAGGAGGAGGAGGAGGGAACAGAGACUGAAGAGGCUCAGAGAUGCGAAAAGUUUGGCAGAGAUGCUGAUGAGUAAAAACACACGACCUGCAGACACCAUCAACAAGCAGCAGCAGACCCUUAGAAUGCACAUCGACAUCCCCCGAGCCCAGCUGCUCAUAGAGGAGAGAGACACCAUGGAGACAGUCGACGACAGGUCCACAGUGCUGCUGACUGACAAUGACUUUGGGGAGACUCAGAAACAGAAGUCAUCUACGGUUACCCACACCGUCCACUACCAGUCCCUGUCCCAGGCCACCGGACCUCUAGUGGAUGUAUCUGAUGCUAGGCCAGGAACCAAUCCCACAGCCCGCCGCACAGCCAAAGCAGGCCCUGCCGCACGCAACCGCUACGCUAGCCAGUGGACCCUGAACCGACCACACCCGCCAGUCUCGGCCCACACCCUGAGCACUGACUGGAGAUUGCCCACGCCACGGGUGGCCGGCUCUGUGGACAAGGAGAGUGACAGCUACAGCGUCAGCCCAUCUCAGGACACAGACCGGGCACGGAGCAGCAUGGUGUCCACAGAGAGCGCCUCGUCCACCUACGAGGAGCUGGCGCGGGCCUACGAGCACGCCAAGAUGGAGGAGCAGCUGCGGCACGCCAAGUUUACCAUCACAGAGUGCUUCAUCUCGGAUACGUCUUCGGAGCAGAUGACAGCAGGCACCAAUGACUACACAGACAGCCUGACGUCCAGCACACCCUCCGAGUCAGGCAUCUGCAGGUUCACUGCCUCCCCGCCCAAGCCUCAGGAUGUCAGCCGAGUCAUGAACAUGGCCGCACCCAAAGCUCACAGACCGGGGGGCGAGCUAGUGCACCUGCCUCCUUACUUGCGCAUGGACUUCCUGCUGAACCGCGGCAUAUCGUGCUCGGGCACUGGAGGGAGGGGUGGCGCCGUGGGGGAGGGGGCCAUGGGCCAGGCCUGCUUGGAGCCCCAGAAGAGUCGCUCCCUGAAACGGCCAUCACGCAUGGCUCCCCCAACUCCCACGGAGGCCCCCCAAGCCAGCAACAGGGCCAGCAGCAGGGACCCAGUGGCCCAGUGGCAACCCGGCUCAGCAGCCACCCUGCCUCACAGAGAGGGCUCAGAGCUGGCCCAGGCCGCCAAGCUUAGCACCUCCCAAGAGUCCCUGCUGGACUCACGAGGACACCUCAAACAGACCAACAACCCCUACGCAAAGUCCUACACGCUGGUAUAACAUCAGUGGCAUGGGGCCAGACUAAAAUUCACACUAACACUGGACUUAUAACACUUACAAGUGCAGUAAACUGACUCUCACCACACAGUCCUGUAUAUAAUGUCCCCUUUCUUCUUAAAGGAGGGGUACCUUUUACUAAUCUUCUUUUAUUUAUUUUUGGAGCUUUCUUCUCUUUGUUUUUUUUAAACUUGUGAGUAAAUUCAUUCAUCUGAAAUGACUCCAUGCGGAGUUUGCCAAAAUAAUUUUGUUAUGAGGGAACAUUAUUUAUUUUUGAUUAUUAUUGUUAAUCAUUAAUUAUUAAUCAGUGAUUAUUUGUUGUUAGUUCUCAACUAUUAAUGAUUAUUAAUUAUUGAUUACAAUUGAUCAAUUAUUACCAUUACUACACUAUUUGAAUUAGAACCUGGACAACAGUAUGAGAUGAUCAUUUGGAGCUUGUCAUUUCUUUCUAUGGAAACUUCCUCUAAAACACUGAAUGAAACUCUGGAGAAAUCUGGGAUGGAAGCAAUCGACACCAGUCCAAACUUGUCAGCUGCUCUCAAAUUAUUACUUUUUUGAAGAAAAAAAUCUAUUUCCUAUGGAUGCAUGGGUACUGACCAAUUAAAGACGAUUAAGAGGAUUAUGAUCACGACUGGACAGCCCAGUUGACCAUUUUUGUCACACUAUGAAAUGAUCAAAUGUGAAGAUUUAUUAUUCUUAUUACUAUAAAUAUAUAUAUAUAAAAAGAGAAAUCACUUUUAUUUGUGGAUAUUACAGGGAUGAAUUGAUUUGGUUAAUAAAGUCCGUAGUCAUGUUUGCACAUAUCUCGUUUUGAUUAGGAAAUGGAGUCUCUGUUGAUCUUUCUCUGUGUCGCAUACUCUGAUGGUGCAAUAUGAAAAAAGAUUAUGAAAAUUAUAUUGAUACUAUUUGCUCUAUACUGUACUGUAAUGAAAAAUAACUAUGUUAGUAUACUUACAGGGUGGGACAAACCCCAGCUAUGUAUUCAGGUGUAGUUUACCACUGCUAAUUUGCCAGGGUGGUAAAUGAAGUUAGUUAGAACAGGGAGGGUCAGAGAUAUAACGGUUUGCACUUCACGACACCCCCCAAAAAUGUCCAGACAGAGCCCCUAUUCUCAGUGCACUAGGUAGAGUCUUCAAGGCUCUCACUCUCCUCCUCAAUAGAUUUAUUGUCGCUGCAUUGCCGUGAUGCUCCUCUACAGGGAAAAACUUGAGACAAUCCCCCCUUCAAACCAAAUCAAAAUCUAUGGGAAAUGUCUAUCUAAAGUGUGGAUAUAACUACACAGUUUUAGUUGUUGUUUACCCUGGCCCAUUUUUCUUUGUAUUUUAGUCCUGGAGGGAGAGUUUGAUAAGAAUGCUGUGAGGUCAUUAAUGGCAGUUUAUAUUAUUUGUUUUAAUUGUCUUCAUUAUGAUAUUCCUUUUAACAAAAUGUCGCUUUUUAUUUUUAACAUGGUGUUCACCUUGGUGGCACUGAAAUAAAGAGAAACUAACCCACAGUUCAAAUUUUAUUAAUAAAAAGGCUGUUCCCCAAAUGAUCCUUCACAGUUUGACAUGAAUGACUGGCGAUGGGUUGUUUAGAGGCACCGAUAGAGGAGGACGCCCGCACAGGUUGUGGGUGGGGUGUGUCACUGGGUGAGUGAGUGAAUAAGUGAGUGAGGAACUGAGUCAGUGAGUGAGUGGUGAUAGGGGUGGAUUGUUGGGUAAUUCACCUGAAAUGAAUUUGAACGACAGUCAUUGAUUAUCACUAAUUCCUUUUUAUGUAAAAGCACUCAUGAGUCUCAUAAAACUCAAACUCUCCAAAUAAAAAUAUUGUUGUAUCAAUGACAUUUCAUGUUUUUUCAGUACUAAACCCCCUAAGGGCCCGGG